UUAUCAUGCUGGCUUCAAGAUUAGCAGCAUUAGGACGCUCUGUCCAAGUCCAGGUUCAGCGAAACUUUGGUGUUUCGGCAGUUGUAUGGCAGAAGACAGACCCCAUACAGCAGCUUUUCUUGGAUAAACUUAAAGAAUAUAAACAGAAGAAUAUUGCUAAGGAGGCGGCCACCGACGCUGACUUGCUAGGUGAACUGGAUAGGCUGAAGGGCAUGUACAAAGUACAGCCAGGAGAAGACAUGACAACACUCUCAGUUCCAAAGUACCAAGAUAUUUCAGUAGAGAACUAUGAACUAGGUUUAACAACAACAGCUGAUGGAGUGGAAGUGGUUGAAGCACAAUGAAUUGAUAAUGAAGUCAUUGGAGAAUGAAGUUUGAUUUUGUUAAAAUGCAUUGUAACAUCUGUGUAAUCAGGAACAAAAAAUAACAUCUUUUUGGAACCGAAAACAAAUAAACCUGCAGUUGUUUUAAUAUUCUGGAUGAAAAGGAAACAGUUGUGAUAUAUAAAGUGUGAAUGUAGAUUAUUUCACGUUUGUCUGAUUUGUAUAUAAAGAUCAUUGGAUUUGUUAUGUAAUGGGAGAGUGUUACAUGACAAUCCAGUGCGAAGCGAUA